AUGAAAAUCUAUCAAGUUUGGGUGUCAUCAAAGAGAUAUUGGAGAAUAAUACUUUCAAUCUUAAAUAUAUUUAUUGAUUUAUUUUUUAACAACCAUAACUAUAGUCCAUCAUGUUCUGUAAUUCUUUUCUUUCUAAUAUUAAGCGAUCCAGAAGUGGCAAAGAUAAAACCAAAUAUACUUGUAAACACUGCAAGAAACCCAUGUCAAGCAAAGAGAGGUCAUUACGAGACAUGUUUUUACUUGGUACCAAGGAAUCGAUCGAGUGCAGACGACAAAAAGUUGUUUGACCAAGAUAGAAUGCACAUUACAGAUCAAUUCUACAUAGACCUGUUCAGUAAAGUUAUUAAUCGUGUGUUGAGGAACAAGCAAAAGAAGUCUCUCAGAGAACAUUGCAACUUCCUGGAUCUUCAACGUACAUCUCAGUUGAUAGCAAAGUUUGAGAAAUUCAAACAGCUAAACUUGAUUGAAAGUAAAUAUGGAAAGGAGUGCUAUGGAGUUUACAUUGAUCCUAUUAAAGAGGUACAGGAAAUGGUAGCUAAAAAUUUGAAAGAUAAUCCUAAAAUAAAAAAAACUGUAAAUAAGAAAGCCGUUGGUCACAUAGAUAAAAAAGAUUUGAAUAUAUAA